AUGAUUCAUAUGCAGGAGAAGGCAGAAACAUACCAGUACUUCUUAUCGUUACUUGUGUCGCUGAAUGCUGACCUCUCAAACGUCCUGGCGAUUGGCUCAGACAGAGACGUCGCUCUUAGGAAAGGGUUUUCCUCUUCAUUUCCCAUUGCUACCAUGGUGUACUGCAAAGGCCACGUAGAGCAAGACAUCCAAAGAAAGUCGGGGGAUCUUGGAGUUGACCAAGCUUGUGAAUGAAUCUUUAUAGACGACAUUUUUGGUUCCAAGGCAACAAAAGAGCUUGGCCUUAUCGACCCCUCCUGCGCCACCAACUUUGAUGCCCUUUCAGAAUCGUUUUAUCCCGUCUGGACGAAAAGAGAAAUGGAUGUAAGGCAAUUACCAAGUGUAGACCAUGCAGAAUUUUACUGGCACUUUCUAAACUACGUUGCGCAAGACAUGAAGGACGGGAUGAUUUCCAGUGUGAGGGAAAAAGUGGGGCUUGACGACAGCUUUUUUUUUCAACAAUGA